GUCAUAUAUAAUUUUCUUUUUUCGCGUUCAUUUUGCACGCAGCCAGGCUAGGCUGUAUGGAUAACUCCCCUGGCUGGCACAAAAUCUUGCAGUUCCAGCAGUUUAAAGCUUAAGUUUUUCUUGUCAAGAGUGAAGCGAACAAUAGGCAAAAGAAAUUAAACAAAUCUAUGCAAAGCGAAAAUGGUUAGCGCAUUGAACGGCUUCGGCAUGGCCAUUGGCUGCAUGGACAUCACUGGAGCCAUCUUCUUUGAGCUGAUGAUUAUUUACAUGCUGUGUCGAAGAAACGGCGGCAGGACAACAGCUGACGACUCGAAGGAACAGCAGCGGGGACAUGUGGCAACGCUCUAUGGCAACAGGGUACGCCCUUGGAUGCUGUGGAUUUAUCUGCUCCUAUUGAAUGUGUGGAUAGUCGUUUCAAUGCUCAUGGUUACUGGCAUUAUAUUGCAUAAGCCGCAGCUGCUGCUGUUCUGGCUGCUCUGGUGCUUUGGCGGACUUAUAUUCGAUGUGGUCUUUGUCGGUCUUUGGAUCGUGGAACUGCUAUCAGGCGAUGCCAUUGAGGCCCUGACCAACAUUUUGAUUUCAUUACUAACAAUGGGCAAGUAACAUCCACCUUCAUGCAUGCCACUCUCUAUCUAACCCAUUUUUGUUGACUUUUUAAGCAAUUGAAUUUUCUUUCAUUUACGUUAUUUACAAUAUUUAUGGGAAUUUAACAAAUUCGCCCAAGGAGCAAGAAAUCAAAGGCAAUC